AUGAAGCGCUCACUCAACCUGAAUAAAGCAAACGUCUAUUCUCAACAGGUUAGGGGACUUUCACUUCAUUUCUUGAGUUUUAUUGAGAGAGGAGCUUGUUCAAAAUUGGGACAGAUCAUGUAUUUGGCCGAAAUUUUGCUCAGAGGACGAUUUGGCACGGUGAUCACGAAUGUCACGUUAAGGUAUACCAUGGUAGCUGUGCAUAAGCCUGUGGCUAAAAACUCCAAGAGCGCCAAGGGAGCCAAGAAGGCUCUUCGCAAGAAGAAGGUCCAUCUCAAGUUCAACAUCGAAUGCAAGAAUCCUGCUGAAGAUGGCAUUUUCAAGACCGAAGACUUCGAGACUUUCCUCAACGAAAAGAUAAAGAUUAACGGAAAGUGUGGUCAGCUUGCUAAUCAUGGUGUGAAAGUAGAAUUGAACAAAACCAAAGUUUCAGUUAUUGCUGACAUUCCAUUUUCAAAGCGUUACCUCAAGUACCUGACUAAGAAGUACCUCAAAAAGCACACUCUUCGAGACUGGCUCCGUAUCGUUGCAAUCAACAAGAACACCUACGAAUUGAGGUACUUCCACAUCAACCAGGAUGAAGAUGAGGGUAGCGAUAAUGAGUAAAUGUUGUUAUUCAAUAAAUUGUUAUUGUUUUUUGUUUGAUGAAGGAAGUCGUAUAAGAAAGUUCAUGGUUUUAUGUGAUCAUGCGUUGUGCGCGUAUGAAAAGGCAUAGAUUUGUAUGAGUUGUAGAUUCUACGAUAAAGAACACUGAGGGA